ACUGAGCCGCUGCUGCCGCUGGAACUGGGCGCCGGCACCACCAUGGGCUGCCGGGCGCUGCUGGGGUCCUUGGCGCUGUUGCUCCCGCUGCACCUGGUUCUGUCCGAGGAGCCGGUGAGUGUGGCCGGCAGUAAGUGUAACACCAUCUACAAAGGUUUUGCUGAGUGCCUCAUCAGCCUUGGGGACAGCAUGGCUCAAAGUGCACAGCAGGAGCAGCAGCCGGAUGACGAUAGCAUCCAGGAGCAGCAGGAGCUGGACAUCAUCUGCAAGUCCUGGGAUGACUUCCACACCUGUGCCACCCAGGUUCUGUCCAGGUGCCCCGAGGAGGCAGCGAAAAUCUGGGAGUCGCUUCGGCAGGAGUCCCGGAAGAUCCAGUUCCAAGGCAACCUUCACGACCUCUGCAGCUCACGGGCCCAGCUGGCCGGCAGCGGGAGGGCUUCGGAUAUGGAUGAGACCAACAAGGAGACCUUGCGGGGGGAAGCCUGGCUGCCUCGGCCCAGCUUUGUGGGCAGCCUGACUCUUGUGGCUCUCUUGGCUUUGGUGCCCUUUGCCUAGCUAGGGAGCAGUGGGAGGCUUCCCUCCCUCCUGUCCACCACAGUGCAGACCAGUGGCCCAGCACUGCUGCCUGCCAGGGAAAUUGGGAUCGGGCCUGGCAGUCGGCAGCGGUGCUCCGCGUGUCCUGAUGACGGGGGCACAAGGCCCACUGGGUGGAAGAGGCAGGAUGCCAUGGGCUUGCCUGCCUUGUGUCUUGCCCUGCUCCAAGAGGCUGGGUUGGGCUAAUGGUGCUCUUCCUGUCCCUGUGUGCCCUACUUUUACCAGCCGGCACUUUGCGGCAGCUCUAGUGCCCUGUCCUCCUGCCUACACUGCCCCUUGUGUCCGUCUCCAUUGCUCCCCAGCCCUUCAUGCUAGGAACAUAGGAAGCUGCCUUGUACUAUUGGUCCAUCUAGCUCAUUAUUGCCCACACUGACUGGCAGCAGCUCGCCGGGGUUUCAGCUAGGAAGUCUCCCUCAGCCCUCACUGGAGAUGCUGAGGAUGGAACCUGGGACCUUCUGCAUGCAAAGCAGAUGCUCGCCCACUGAGCCAUGGUCCUUCCCCAUCCUGUACCACCCAAGAAACUCUGCCUAGGGGUAAUAUCUCAAAGCCACCGCCUCCUUGCUUCCUUAUUCCAGUAAGAAAGUCAUCAGUACAUCCAGCUGCUUACAGCAUCCUUGCCGAGUGACUAGUGUCCCUGAGAGUGCCAAAGGUAGUGUGUGUGGAUGUGACAUGACAUCAGCACUCUUGUCCUAGCCUUCCCCCGUCCUGCAGCACUCUGUGUACCUGGUUGAGUGGGAGCACAGCUGUUGCCGGUGAGCUUGGACACCUUAGUCCAAGUAUAGACUGGCUGCAGGUGGGUGCUGCCAGUAUAGACUGGCUGCAGGUGGGUGCUGCAGUAUAUUUAUCUGGCAAUUAUAUAAUUCUCUGCCCUAGAAGUCCAAGCCCUCCAGGUUACCCUUUGCAUGGAUAACAGCAGUCACUUAAGUUUCAUCUGCUGUCUACUUCUCUGCAGGGUUUUUGACAUCUUAAGCCUCCAAAGUACAGCAUUUCCCCAUGGGUAGGUCAUUUCCCAGCCCAGUGCCCUUCCAGACAUGCUUUCCACCCACCAGGAUCAGCUGGCAGGGGAGCUGGUUUGGAUCUGAUGAUAAACGGAGCACCCUCCAUCAACUCUUUUGCCAGUGAGAAGGGGUCUGUGGCAGCCUUCCUCAACCUCGUGCUCUCCAGAUAUUUAGGGGUGACGAUGCCAUCAGCCCUGAUGGGAGUUGUGGUCCAAAACAGCCGGAGGGCACCAGGUUGGGGAAGGUGUAGUAUAUGCUCUUGCAAUUCACAAGGUCAUAUCCUGAAUAUACUUCUGCACUAUUCUUUUCCUUGUGGAGAGGGGCUUUUUGGAGGUAGGCGUGUUUUGUCCCAUUUGGCUGGAGAGCACUUUCCUAAAGGGGGUGUCUUGCCUGUGCAGCCCAGUCUCAGUUCAGAGAUCUCCUCUGUUCCCAGCACACAGGUAUCUGUUGGCCAAGACGUGGAACGACAAAUGUGUACGCAAUGUACCCUUUUUGCUGGUGUCAGCUGUUCAAAUGUAUCUAUAUAUUUAUAUUAAAAGGCACUUUUACAUUUCU